AUGGUGAACCAUUACUCAGUGCUCGGUGUCUCUUGUGACGCUACUUACCAACAGAUCAAAGCAUCUUACAACAAACUAGUUCUCCAAGCUCACCCAGAUAAAGGAGGAUCCCAGGAGACUUUUAUCCAAAUCCAGACAGCAUGGGAAGUCCUUAGAGAUCCUACCACUCGUGCAAAGUAUGACCGAAAUUGCCACAAGACAGCCAACCAGAAGACACAAAACCCUCAACGCCAUGGCAAAGAUCAGACAGGAUCAAGAGCCCAGACUCCCCGCGAUCAAGCCCAUGGCGGCUUCCAUCACCACGACUCACCGCCCGGUCGACAAUCUGCUCACCCAGGAUAUGGCCCCAAGACAAGACCCAACGCCAAUUCCUGGACCGACUAUCGUGAGUCUGCGGCAGGUUCCGCAUACAACAGCUACUAUGGUUCGUCCGCCCGCGCCACAAAUGACAGUGACCCAAGACCGAGGGCUUCAAGCACAUCGAGGCCAGAGGAUGCUUCACGCCACCAGCCUCGUGAGGACCAGUCCGAUCACCGUUCUUCAUACUCCUAUUCGAGACCACAAGGCUACAACACUUCUCCUCGACCCAACCCGCGAUCCCCAUCUCCGCCCCCAGCGAUGCCAACCGAACUCGAUCUGAAGACUGUCAAGGCCCUGGCUGACCAGGCGUCUCGAAAUCUCACACGCUACAAACAACUCAUCAACACGCUGCGCUCGUCGACCAGGAGUCGCCCGCUUUCGGAAGAGAUUCAAAUCAAGCUAGAGCAUGUACACCUCUUCCUCCAGAAUCGAGAGCUGCGAUUGAAUCAAAGAAUCGCCGACAUCAGAUUGUACAACAUCAACCUUCGCACCAAGGCUCCUUUAGAGACAAUGGAGCCAUUCUUUGUGUCUCUGUGGGAGACUAUUGUGGAGGACGACAAGGAGACGGUGUCCGACGUGAACAUGUCAAUAUCAAGAGUCCUGACGGACACAAAUCAAUGGCUGCGUAAGACUAGGGUGCUGGAGACACGUGGCCUCGACGUCACUGACGACGACAAAGCCGCCCUAGACUUGAAAGCGAGUACUGAAGCGUUGGAACGACUGUUGACAAAGGUGCUACUCUCAGCGCCCGGGGUUGGGCCACCGCGAUCGUACUGA